GGCGCGGUGAAGGGCAGUUUUCUGGGCCGGGUCUGCGGCGCCCGGCACCCAACAGCACUGACGGCGAAACCUUCACGGGCACGCGAUGCCGGGACCGGGUCGCUGCGGUCGCCACCUCAGCCCUCGCGGGCAGCACGCCGGACUACGACCGGCAGCGAAAGGGCACGUCGCCUAGCGAUGGCGCGGGGCGGGGCCAUGGGCUGUCCCAGCCUGUCGGAGACAUCCGCUUCCGGGUCCGCGGCCAUCGCACUCCCCUGCUCCUCUGGCCAGCCAGACGACGCACAGUGCCAGACCCCGGGCCCUACAAUCGCUGAAUCUCAGUCGCCCUCGCCCUGCAGCCUGCCGCCUGCGCUCUACUGCCCGCCUCCCCGGCCAGCCAUGCUGGAGCAUCUGAGCUCGCUGCCCACGCAGAUGGACUACAAGGGCCAGAAGCUAGCUGAACAGAUGUUUCAGGGAAUUAUUCUUUUUUCUGCAAUAAUUGGAUUUAUCUACGGGUACGUGGCUGAACAGUUCGGGUGGACUGUCUAUAUAGUUAUGGCCGGAUUUGCAUUUUCGUGUUUGCUGACACUUCCUCCCUGGCCCAUCUAUCGGCGACAUCCUCUCAAGUGGUUACCUGUUCAAGACUCAGGCACAGAAGAUAAGAAACCAGGGGAGAGAAAAAUUAAGAGGCAUGCUAAAAAUAAUUAAUUGAAGUUUUCAUGAUCAGCACCUGCUUUUGUUUCCUGUGAGAUGAACUAAAUUGCUUCAUACCCAAAAUACAAGCUAAGCUACCUAUGCUCUUACGGCACAACUGUGUAUAGACUUAGUUCUCUUUAUAUUUCAUUUCUGCGCCAGGUGGGUUUUGACUUAUAAAUAGUUUAGACCCUCUCUUCAUAAUUUUCCUCUGAAAUGGGGAACAGAAAACACAAGUAUCUUGUUUCUGUCACAGACACAUAAAUAACAAAGAAUAAAUGCCUCAUAAAAGAUAGUACAAUCUAACUGUCAAAGUUUUAUAAUUCAUUAUGAGUCAAACCAUUUUAAUAUUUCCAAUUAAAAAGUCAUAGUGCAAGUU